GUAGGGCCAGCAUGUAGGAGGGUGGGUGUAGUGUGCAGCUCUAGUGCAGCGGGAUGAGAACGCAGGUCAAACUGGAAACUACUGGGUGCGGAGUAGGAGGUAGGGGAGAUUAAUGCCUGCAAGGUGGAAGCCACAGGGAGUUGGGGUUGGUGCCAGGAGUAGGGACUUGUCCAGCAGGCGGCUGGCUUUUCUCCUAGGGUGCCCAACUGGGCGCACGGUGCUCUGAACUUGGGUGGGUGUGGAUGGGGAUCACAACACCGUGGGGGAACAGGUACACAGAGCUUUGGUGCUGCUGGGGAUCCAUACGAGUCCAACUGGGACUGGGUUUCCAAAAGGCUCUUCUUCCUCCCAGCCUGUCAGCCCCCUCCCAGUGCCCCAGUUUUUCUUAACAGUUUAGAGGCUGUGGCUGAGUUGGCAGGGGUUCCCCACCCUGAACUUUCUGUCUGAGGUGCGUUAGGAAGCCUCCGGAUCACUGAAGGAAGUGACUGGCUUGGUAACUGAGCUGUGGAGGGCUGCUUGCUCUGUAUUGAAUAAAGGAGGCUUCUUGGGGUCAGGGGCAGGGUCUCUGGAAACACAGGGAGGAUUGAUUUCGCUGGGGCUUGGAUCACGUGUGUAUGUGUGUGUGUGUGUGUGUGUAUGUAUGUAUGUGUGAGAGAGACAGACAGACAAAGAGAGGUGGAAACCCUUGUCCUUGGGGAUCCUGGAUAGAGGUUGCCAGUGUUGGAGUCUUGGGGCGGUGCUGCCUAGAGGAUACCUUCCAACCAUUCCAGCUCCAGAUGCGGAUCAUCCCUAUGCCCCCUCCCUCAGUAGUCCCUGUUGGAUCUUACAGGUAGGGUGCAGCCUGAGGCUUGUUCAGCAGAACAGGUGCAAGCCACAUUGUUGCCAGGACCUGCCUGAAGCCGGAUUCUCCCCACUCCCUCCUUCAACCCCGCCUCUUCCUCCUCCUGUGGGACUGCUCCCCCUUCCCAUGAGGCUAGAUGUAGGUCGUAUCUUGUGUUGUUAAGAACCUGCAUGAAGGGGGAGGGAUUGAUGGGGGUUGAUCCGGAUGUGGGACGUCCAGGUGGAGAAACAGGAUUUGAAUAAGGCAGGAACGAACGCCCAGUUCUGCCCAACUGCUGUCUUUCCUUCUUCACCCCCAGCCCAUCCGUGCCCAGGCUGUCCUAGUGCAGGCAGAUGUGGCCACCCUCACCUCUUGCAGGGUGCUGCAUGCCUGUGGACUGGUGCCACUGGGUGGGUGGGGCCCAAGCUACAAGGGUCUCUGUUGUCUUGAUUGGUUAUGUGAAUGUCAGGCUAGGGGUGGAGGUGCCCUGUUCGGUCCCGUGGAGUUAGAAGAAAGGCUAGGACCAGAGAGGACUUCCUGGGCUCUUGGCCAGGAGGUGGUGACAGCCUUUACCCCCAUCACUGCACCCCUCGAUUAUGGUACUCUCUGUUCCUGCUUGAUUUCUUCUCCAGCUUCCCUCCUUGACUGGUGAGGCCGGAGUUAUGCAGAGCCCAGACAUGGAGGUUGGGAGGGAGACUGUCCUGGAGCCUCCUCUGCAUUAUUUUUUGACCAUUCUGUGAAUGUGAGGAUCUGCCUGAAUGAUGCUAUCUCUGUUCAGGCUCUCUUCAGGCUCCUCGGGACUGGAGAGAUGCCCUGUAUCCAAGCCCAAUAUGGGACACCAGCACCGAGUCCAGGACCCCGUGACCACCUGGCAAGCGACCCCCUGACCCCUGAGUUCAUCAAGCCCACCAUGGACCUAGCCAGCCCUGAGGCGGCCCCUGCUGCCCCCACUGCCCUGCCCAGCUUCAGCACCUUCAUGGACGGCUACACAGGAGAGUUUGACACCUUCCUCUACCAGCUGCCGGGAACAGUCCAGCCAUGCUCCUCAGCCUCCUCCUCGGCCUCCUCCACAUCCUCGUCCUCAGCCACCUCCCCUGCCUCUGCCUCCUUCAAAUUCGAGGACUUCCAGGUGUACGGCUGCUACCCUGGCCCCCUGAGCGGCCCAGUGGAUGAGGCCCUGUCCUCCAGUGGCUCUGACUACUAUGGUAGCCCCUGCUCGGCCCCAUCGCCGUCCACGCCCAGCUUCCAGCCGCCCCAGCUCUCUCCCUGGGAUGGCUCAUUCGGCCACUUCUCGCCCAGCCAGACUUAUGAAGGCCUGCGGGCAUGGACAGAGCAGCUGCCCAAAGCCUCUGGGCCCCCACAGCCUCCAGCCUUCUUUUCCUUCAGUACUCCCACCGGUCCCAGCCCCAGCCUGGCCCAGAGCCCCCUGAAGUUGUUCCCGUCACAGGCCACCCACCAGCUGGGGGAGGGAGAGAGCUAUUCCAUGCCGACCGCCUUCCCAGGUUUGGCACCCACUUCUCCACACCUUGAGGGCUCGGGGAUACUGGAUGCACCCGUGACCUCAACCAAGACCCGGAGCGGGGCCCCAGGUGGAAGUGAAGGCCGCUGUGCUGUGUGUGGGGACAACGCGUCAUGCCAGCAUUAUGGUGUCCGCACCUGUGAGGGCUGCAAGGGCUUCUUCAAGCGCACAGUGCAGAAAAACGCCAAGUACAUCUGCCUGGCUAACAAGGACUGCCCUGUGGACAAGAGGCGGCGAAACCGCUGCCAGUUCUGCCGCUUCCAGAAGUGCCUGGCAGUGGGCAUGGUGAAGGAAGUUGUCCGAACAGACAGCCUGAAGGGGCGGCGGGGCCGGCUACCUUCAAAACCCAAGCAGCCUCCGGAUGCCUCCCCUGCCAAUCUCCUCACUUCCCUGGUCCGUGCACACCUGGACUCAGGGCCCAGCACUGCCAAACUGGACUACUCCAAGUUCCAGGAGCUGAUGCUGCCCUGCUUUGGGAAGGAAGAUGCUGGGGAUGUACAGCAGUUCUACGACCUGCUCUCCGGUUCUCUGGAGGUCAUCCGCAAGUGGGCAGAGAAGAUCCCUGGCUUUGCCGAGCUGUCACCAGCUGACCAGGACCUGUUGCUAGAGUCAGCCUUCCUGGAGCUCUUCAUCCUCCGCCUGGCAUACAGGUCUAAGCCAGGAGAGGGCAAGCUCAUCUUCUGCUCAGGCCUGGUGCUACACCGGCUGCAGUGUGCUCGUGGCUUCGGCGACUGGAUUGACAGCAUCCUGGCCUUCUCAAGGUCCCUGCACAGCUUGGUUGUCGAUGUCCCUGCCUUCGCCUGCCUCUCUGCUCUUGUCCUCAUCACCGACCGGCAUGGGCUGCAGGAGCCGCGGCGGGUGGAGGAGCUGCAGAACCGCAUCGCCAGCUGCUUGAAGGAGCACGUGGCAGCUGUGGCGGGCGAGCCCCAGCCAGCCAGCUGCCUGUCACGUCUGUUGGGCAAACUGCCCGAGCUGCGGACCCUGUGCACCCAGGGCCUGCAGCGUAUAUUCUACCUCAAGUUGGAGGACUUGGUGCCCCCUCCACCCAUCAUCGACAAGAUCUUCAUGGACACGCUGCCCUUCUGACCCCCGCCUGGGAACACGUGUGCACAUGUGCACUCUCAUAUGCCACCCCACGUGCCUUUAGUCCACGGACCCCCAGAGCACCCCCAAGCCCGGGCCUGCGCUGCAGAAUGACUCCACCUUCUCACCUGCUCCAGGAGGUUCGCAGGGAGCUCAAGCCCUUGGGGAGGGGGAUGCAUUCAUGGGGGUGACCCCACGAUUUGUCUUAUUCCCCCAGCCUGGCCCUGGCCUUUAUGUUUUUUGUAAGAUAAACCGUUUUUAACACAUAGCGCCGUGCUGUAAAUAAGCCCAGUGCUGCUGUAAAUACAGGAAGAAAGAGCUUGAGGUGGGAGUGGGGUUGGGAGGAAGGGAUGGGCCCCACCCACCUGGGCAGCCUUUCCAGCCUCUUGCUGGCUCUCUCUUCCUACCCUCCUUCCACAUGUACAUAAACUGUCACUGUAGGAAGAAGACAAAUGACAGAUUCUGACAUUUAUAUUUGUGUAUUUUCCUGGAUUUAUAGUAUGUGACUUUUCUGAUUAAUAUAUUUAAUAUAUUGAAUAAAAAAUAGACAUGUAGCUGGAA